GAAGAAGCAACAGUGGAACACUUGCUUACAUGUGUCAAUUAACACUUCUGAAGCGGACUGGCUUUGCAUCAAAUUAGCUCGCACGGGAUCAUCGCUCCCGCUUUCCAGUUUGAAGUUGGAAUACAUCAUAUUUUGUGAGAAUCGGAUUGGAGGCUCUUGGAGCAAUUCUGUAGAAGAAUUGGGGUAAAUCCUUAACGGGAGAACUCGCCUGAUAAGGCGGUGUGCCGUUGGCACACCUGAGGGUUUGAUUUCUGCGCAGCUGCGAAUUGGCAGCUAGGACAGAACGGCGUAUGCUGUAAAGACUGGCCAAUGGCAUUUUGCCGGCGCUAUAAAGAAGAAGAAGAAGAACAGAUCCCUAGUAUCUCCACCAAUGAAGUCAUGUCCCUCUCCAGUGUCGGGAACAAUUAUGCCACACGGAAUUCGAAUUCCCAAAUGUCAGGAUCUGGUCCACCUUCUACUUAUAAUACAAAGGGAAGUUACCAAUCGUCGCAAUCUGCAUCCCAUCAGCAAAGCAAUUACAAACAAGGAAGCGCACAACAAAAUUUACCCAGCGUCAAAUCACAGCAGCAGCCGCAACAACAGCAGCAGCAAUCGCAGCAGCAGCAGCAACCACAACAACAAUCGAUGCAAAUGACAUCAGCCUCUGCACCGACACGGCCAUUACCGCAAGUAAAACAGCAAGUAACAUCUCAGCAACAAUUACAGCAACAAGGACAGCAGCAGCAGCCGCCGCCGCAGCAGCAGCAGCAGCAGCAGCAGCAGCAAUCACCGCAGCAUCAGCAGGGUCAACAACAAUCGGUGCAACAGCAGCAGUCGUCGCCUCAGGCUCCACUGCCUCAACGAUUGAAGCCGAUCUUGAAGCAAAGUGUGUUGCAACCGACCGUGUGUCUCACUGCUACUCCACAAUCCAAGACCUCUCAGCCUAAUGUACCUCCACCGCUUUCAGCUGCGUCAACCUCUAGUAAUGUCAAAACUGAAAGUGUAGACAAGGGAGAUAUGUCUGAGAAUAUGAACAUCGAUCUGCAGGAGCAACCGAGGUGGCGAAGGAAGACACCUGGAUUUAAAGUGAACAAAAAGCUGAAGCGACUUCGUAUGAAUCAACGUUUGAGGAAGACCCUGCAGCCUAAGAACGCGAUCAUGGUAUUAAACGAGAUGAAAGCUGGAUGUCAAUUUACAUUCCCCGAAACACCAGGCCACGUGUCAAAUUCGCUCUAUCUCGUUCACGCGGAGCUCGAUGGUAAAACUUAUGUUGGACAAGGCUUGUCGAAGCCACUUGCUCGUCAAGCCGCAGCAGAGAAUGCUUUAAAAGCGUUGUUAUUAGAAAAAAUGACAGCUGCAUCUAUGAAAGCGCGUAUAGAUGCCGAAUCAGAUGGACAAGCCAAUUCAUCUUCGGAUACUAUGAAGGAUGAAAGCAACGAAGAUGUGUCAAUGGAUAACAAUUCCGCUGAGGAUGAGAUCCCAUGGAGCUCAUUAGCCAGUUUCGCACUUUAUAAGCUUUUCCUCGAAUGGCACAAUCAGGGCACGUCAGUCCCGGUCACACGUCCUGGUUUGCCAGCUGCAAAAGGAGUUAAGAAAGAGAGUGCUGGUGGCUCUCCCAGGGCUCCUACUCAGAAGGAACUACCACCGAAUCCUACGAACAUACAUCCGGUUAUGUUGCUGAAUCAAAUGAGACCCGGGUUAACGUACGUAGAAGUUAACCGUCUUGGUAAUCCACCAAACACGACGUUCACUCUAUCUGUUGAAGUUAACGGAGUCAGCUAUUCAGGAACAGCCAAGAACAAGAAAGAUGCUAAAAAAGCAGCGGCCAAGGCAGCGUUAUUAUCAUUAUACAGCUUAACUUAUCCUGAUGAAAUUGCUAAAGAACCUAUGCAAAUAGAUUAAAGCAAAUGAAACGCCCGA